GCACAGAGUUCACCGUUGUCCCGUAGAAAAUGGCUUCGUCGUUUUGGAAAGGCGUCGUUGGCGUUGGACUUUUUGCCUUAGCACACGCAGCUUUCUCAGCGGCACAACAUCGCUCGUACAUGCGACUUACAGAGAAAGAAAACGAAAACCUGCCAAUCGACAUUGUGCUUCAGACCUUACUGUCGUUCGUCAUGACCUGCUAUGGCAUUGUCCACCUUGCUGGGGAGUUCAAAGACAUGGACGCCUCGUCAGAGCUCAAGAACAAAACAUUUGACACACUGAGGAAUCAUCCAUCUUUUUACCUUUUCAACCACCGAGGACGAGUGCUGUUCCGCACCGCAGAGGAAGAGCCGUCCUCUCAGCAAGCGCUUCCUAACCCGUUACGGCUCCGCAAGCUGGAGCAUUUGCACUGAGACUGGCCUUUUUCCUGCCUGUGAAAUUACUGUACUAAUGUCAGAUAGGACUUUUUGUUGCUGUUGUCGUUAGACAGAGGGGCCAGAGUCACAACUCACCAUCCCCUAUUUUUUUUACCAUCAUGUAUUUGUACAUAAUCAUUCAGUCAUGCUGUACAAACAUGCACCUCUGUUCACUUAAGUAGUCACCUCCACGAGUGUGCCAACCCUUCAGUUUGUUUGUAUAUACAGUAUGGGAAUGCUUUGGAGUCUUGCAUACAGAGACCCAGCCAUUGUGUCUCUUCCGACACGACUUAGUUGGGCUAUUUCUCUCCUUUGCACUGAAUAUUCUCUGUAUGGAGGGUUUAAAAAAACUUUCAUUUCAUCCAUUUGUCAUUCUUCAUAUGUCAGGGCAGCAUUUUGUUUUAACUUUUUUUUUUUUUAGCUCCCUGAUGCAGAAAGGUCUUGUUUGACUUAGGUCACAGAGCAUGUGCGGAGAGGAAAUGCUGAUUCUUCCCUCAAAUGUUACUCUUGACUUGGAAGUGAAAUGACAGUACAUGUUUUCAUUGACAUUUUGUUCAUCUAUAAUUUAAUAAAAGCAACUGGAUUUUA